AUGGGUCCCGGAUCAAUGUUAUUACUUGCCAUUUCGCUAUUUCAUAUGAUCAUCCAAUGUUCAGCCGGUGCGAUACAGAUAGAUGGAACCUGUGGCGCGGGUCGACAACGCCUCAUCGACUUGGCACUGAAUGAUGUGCAGCGAUACGCAAGAGCAGCUUCUGGAACUGUGGAUCCAAACAAUAGAUGGUACAAAGCCUGGUUCGGUAGUCCAUCCAGCCCAAACAUGGGAGACUCCGACAUCUUGAACCUAUACGACAACCUCUGGAUAACGACCAACUAUCCAUUUGAUCAUUUACCAUUCACCGUCACCAUUCGGUGUGAUGGCGACGACAAUCCGUUGUCGGUUUGUGGAAGCCGCACUACCAAGGCGCAGGUCAUAUACCAAUCCCACACAAUCUUUCUUUGCGAGCUCUUCUGGCGUGAACCGACCCGAUUUCUAAUAAAUCUAAGCCCGCCCUCGCCUCACAUGCAGUCAGAGAGCCUUGACUAUUUCGUGACCUACGGCCAGCUUUUGCUACACGAACUGAUGCAUAUCCAAGAUCCAUAUAUUCAAGAUAAGAAAGGCGGCCAGGCAUAUGGGCACGCGGCGACGCUUCAGUACGCGUUAGACAGCGCGAAUGGCGCGCGUCAAAACGCGGAUAAUUAUGCUUUUUUCGCGAGUGUGGCAUAUUGGGCUUCGAAGGGGUAUAGAAAUUGGAUCUCCGUCUCCUUCAUUCCACCAAACCUCGGUGCCAACGUCACGAGCAAGCGCUUCCAGAAUCGAACGAUGGUUCAGUGGGCGGUUCUUACAACCAUCAGCUUAACUAUAUUCCAUCAGACUAUAGUUCCCGUCUCGUCUCGGGUUAAAGCGGCUGCUGUAGGAUUCAUCUUCCCCGGCGCCGGAUUCAUCGCGUGUGCCAAUAUCACUGGGGCCAUUGCUUUCCUUGUCACCUGGGCAUUGCUACCGGCAGCAAUGUUUGCCUGGUUCGGAGCCGGAGGGUUCUUGUUCCCAAUACUUGUCUGGACGCUCAGCGCAGUUGGCGCCUACUUCGCCGCGGGCCAAAGCGUUUUUGAGUACAGCGACAGACUUUCCGUAGUGCUUCUUGGAGCACUCGUAUUCUAUUUCAGACACAAGAAUGCAAUCGAACAGAAAGAAGGCGAAGAGAAGCGUAUCAAGCGAAACGAGUACCUUCCGACGGUAGUCGAAGAGAUCCAUACCACCGCAAUCCCGGCACCGCCAGACCCGGACCGAGAGCUGACUUUGGAUGAACUUCGGGACGUCCAAUAUGCCAUUGACCAAGCGCGUCUUGAUAUCGGUGAUUGGUCCAACCACACCUACAUUGACCAGUUCCAAACCGCCGCACUUCGCUAUCAACUCUACGACAUGAUAUACAACCUAGGCACCUACCAAGGGAUAUACACUCCGAAUUUCCACGGGUACUUGAGCGAAGGUAUCCGAAACGUGAUUGCCAAAUCCUUGACGAAGCCUGUUAUGGGGUUCUGGAAGUGGGAGUCCCUUUGGGGGAAAUUCACGACCGACUACGAUCCCGUGAUUAGGGACAAUAUUAUGGUUACCGGCUUCCUCCAACAAGCUGUGAUGCUCUACACCGCCAACACUAGAGACAUGCAAUAUACCAAACCUGGCAGCCUAAAGUUCGAUGUCACCGAUAAAACCUCCUACCACCACGACGUUCAUUCGGUAGACAAAGCGCUAGUCGACCAGUGGAACAGCAACCCGUACUGCCUAUUCCCCUGCGAGCCGAACUGGAUCUAUACGCCUUGCAACUUCAUGGGCAUGACUGGGCAGGUGAUUUACGAUCGUGUUUUUGGUACGAAGCAUGCUGAAGACAUCAAACCGCGGUUCCUAGAGUCCCUCAUGUCGAACUUCGCCGAUAAGUCCGGAAGCAUCCUCCCUAUUCGCUCAGCCAUAACCGGCUUCACGAUCCCCGGGCUGACUGGUGCACUAAUCGAUCUUACCAACGGCGUCAUCACCCGCGGCUACCUUCCUCAGCUGGCUGAACAGUCGUAUGCGCUCUUCAAAGGCGAAUGUCUCCGCUAUGAUGAAGUCACCAAGGAACUCAGUUUCGUUGGGCUGAGUGGAGCGGAUAACUUGGACACUGGAAACUAUGAGACCGGGACGCACGCUAUCUAUCCUCACGUCGCGUAUGUUGCUGCGGAGUUCGGGGAUGAGAAGAUUCGAGUCGCGGCCCUGAAGUACAUUGAUGAUCAUGGCCCGUCCAAAACGACCCUCGCUGGUCCUAUACUAUCUGAGGUCCCGUAUCCCGGAGUCUUAGUCGCAAAAGCUCGUUCGCACACUGGAAAAGAUCUCGAGCUUGUCCUUUACCCGUCUGCUGCUGCAGGCGACUUCACCUUGGGGAUCAGUCGCUUGGAGCCGGGCCGAAAGUAUACCUAUGACGAGAAGGAAGUUACUGCAGACUCCUCUGGCAACAUUCGCAUCUCGGCUCAGGUUGAUGGGAGAACAUUGGUUAAUCUGACGCCUGCGUGA